AUGUUGACUAGUCUACAGUUCUGUCCCGAUCCAAUUGACGAGGACAAGCGGAAGCUUCAAAAGGAAGAAGAUGAGCAAUAUGUUCAUGGGCGCAUUUUCUUCAUCGAGGAGGACCCCGGCAGGCAGAGCAUCUCGGGUAGUUUCAAACCCAUUGACGUGGGCGAAUGGAGCAAACAAGUUUACCUCGGACCCACCGAGAAGUUCUUUGCCGCCAUUGUUGCAAAUGACCUCACAGCGGUUGUCAAAAUGAUUGAAGAAGGCACCGAUGUGACCAAAAGAGAUCACGUAGGACAAAUGCCCUUGCAUGUCGCAAUCAUGGCCAAACACAAUGAGAUGGCUUGCUACUUGAUUGACAACGGUGCAAGGAUUACCUCUCGCUUAGCCAAUGGACGUACCACGUUACAUCUAGCUGCCAAGUUGGACCUAGUGAAUGUGGUGAAGAAAUUGCUUGAGAGGAGCUGGGUCAAUGCAGAGUUGUUGAAGAAGGAAGGUGAAGGUGUUAAGGACGGUGAUGUUAUCAUGAAGGAUCCAACAACUGAACGUCCUUCUUCUGAGGACGACUGGAGCUCGCAUGACAAUGGAGUGGUAUCUAUGAAUGAAGAUGCUGAAAAAGAUAUUGACGAAAAGACAGAUGAAGAAGAGAGUGUAGAUGAUAGCGACAGCGAUGAAGCCUCCAAGAAAGGCAACAACGAGCCAUCUCAGACUCCCGAUUCCGGUAAAUUUCUCGAUGAAAAGGAAGACGAACCGGAUGUCUUUGAUAUCAACGCUGCCGAUUGGGACUUUGCAUUCACUCCUCUCAACUAUGCCAUUCUUUUCGCCUCUAUGCCGGUCAUUGAUGCAUUGCUCGAUGAACCAGAUAUUGAACUCUCCAUUGGUACCAAAGCCAAGUACCACGGCGCUCCUACUAUUCACCCACUCACUCUCACUAUGUACCACGAGGACGAAAAUGAAGCCAUUUCUGUCAUCAAUUUCCCUUAUGUGAGCGGCUAUAGCUAUAUGACAGACGUCAUCUUCCUGGUCGUCUGCACUAUCUCGAAUGAAAAUUACGCAAUGCUUGCUGCAUUGGUGGCUUACGGAGCCAAGAUUGCUUUCGAUGCAGAGGAUGUGACGGAGGCACUGAACAUGAGCAAUCAGCAAAGCUACUUCCCUACUCCAGAAAAUCAAGUCGAUCUGGCCAUCCAGCCCAUCGAGGUGGCUCUGGCAACGCAUUCCGACGCCGUUCACCUACUCGUUUCAUUGGGUGCUACACUGGACAUCAGUACGAGGCAGGCUCUUCAGGCUCUCUGA